AUGACCGGACGUAGGCGGAGAGGCUCCACCUCGAGCCUUGAGGAUGAGGUGAUAUCCAAGCGCCCCGUCCACUGGUGCCAGGAGUCUUCUGUCUUACGUCGGCUUGCGCCGGACGCGGCUUUCGUCCCCGAAUUCGAGCUUGUCGACGCCGUGAUCCUCAAGCAGGAUGGCAAGACCAUGGCCAAUGCACUCGAUGUGCUGUUCGACGGUCCAUUCAUAGUCCGCGGGACCAUGGUCGUCGACGCGCCCGAACAGAGGACGCACCUUAUCAUGAACGUCAAGUCCUCGAUUCCCCUGGAAGUCACCGACUGCGGCCGCUACUCUGUCGGAGAGGCAAUGGAAGAGGAAGAUGCGGAGAUCAACAUGAACCGCCGAUCGAACCCACCUGUUCUCUGGAUGGAAGGCCAUCAUGCCUGGUUCGAGAUCAACCCGUCCGCCGAAUACCUCCCCAUAUACCGAUCCAUCUGCGAAGCCAUUCGACUCUACUAUUCCGUCCUCGACGUCUACGCUGGCUCUUCCAUCAAGGCAAUCGACCGUCGGCACAAGUCAUCAGACCCAGUCUACUCUGCCAAAGUCGGGAACGGCAAGACGAUACGAGAGGUUGCGCAAAUGUGCCAAGAUCUGGCCCCCUUUCUCAUCAACCAGUUCAUAUUGCAGGCAGACUCCGACCAGUUGCACUGGCCGGAUACAUACUUUUACAAGUGGAUGAAGAAGGAGAAUCCGGAACUCUUUGCCAAGGCCGAGGAUAGGAUUCGUAAUCCUAGAUACAAACCGCCAACCAAUGAUCCGCCAUCCACGACGAACGAUACCAAGGUCGCCGAGUCUGUCGGUCUGCCAUCAAGGACACGGUCAAGCAGAUCGAGGUCCGCGGCCUCAGUGGCGCCCGAUGCACCUGUAACCCAGAGCCAGCGAUCCUCGAGGUCUCGAUCUGCUCUGCAACCCGCAGACGAGCGGCCUCGAGAGCUGGGGGCCCCUCCUCCUAUGACAGCACCGUCGAAUCCUCCACAAGACAAGGCCCCCGUGCCCGCUCCGGGAGACGACCGGAGCGUUCUCGACACGGUCAUCAAAGCUCUCGAGUCGGCAUACGACACGUUGAUCGGCACCAAGAGCGGAGUCACCUAUGUUGGUCUGCUAAACCGCUUGUACUUCUCCAGCAGGUUCCCCACCUACAAAAACGGCACCCCAGGUAGCCAUCGCAUACCUGUCGCUGAGGUUCUACACUACAACGCGGCCGAUAUCCUCAAGAUCAUUGACCCGGCGAGGUGGCAGAGCACAGAGCUGUAUCCCUGGCUCCAGAAGAAGGCCACCGAACAGUUUACACCUGUGGCGAUGAAGACGUCCGACUUCCCCUACCGAUUGGUACCCCGGGGCUCUCGCCCGUUCAUGACAAGAAACAGCUCCUCAGCAGUGGCGUCAUCAGUGGUUAAGGGGCCACUAGCAUCCUCCAACAAGGACGACGACGACGACGAUGACGACGACGACGACACAGUCUUACCGAGUCGUAUGGGUAAGGGGAUCAAGACGCCAAGUCGCGCCGGAAAGUCGAACCUCCGACCGAUCUCGACGAUCAAGAAACGGCCACGGUCAGAGAUGAUGGAAAUUGACGACGUCACCGAGGACGACGACUACGGGAGCGACUCUGGUGUGCGGGCCAAGAAGUCGCACUACUUUGACGACGCCACGGUGGAAGAUGCCGAUAUGAACGACAGUGACGAUGACGGCGUCGACAACGACAUUGCCAACGGUGAAGAUGACGACGACGACGACAAUGACGACGACAAGGUCAGGAUUGUCAUCCGCGCAGACAAGAUCCCGUCGUCUACACCUCGCGGCCCCAACGACACGUGGACAUGCGACCAGGAAGACUGCGAGUACAUUGUGCGCGGCGGCGACGCAGACGAGUGCCAGGAGCGCAUACGCCGACACUUUGAAGACCAUCGACACCAGACGGAGCGAGUCCAGCUGGCCAUGACGGAGGGCCGAGCAGGUCACCUCCCUAUAAACCACCUACUCGACAAGAUCAAGAACCUAGGCGAGACGGACGAGAUCCACGAGACCCUGUACAUGAAUGUCGCCGGUGGCCCAGCUGGCGAGGGCGUCGUUCAUGGACCGGAACAUGUCGCGCAUGUUCUUGGUCUCCUUGGCGUACGAGUCCGGAUCCUCCCCGACGACGUCGUCGGCGUCGGCGUUGGCGUCGGCGUCGGUGUCGGCCUUGGCCUUGGCCUUGGGUUGGGCGUCGAGACGGGUCUGGAUCUGGCGGAUGCGGCCGGUGACCUUGGCGACGGUGUUAAGGACGACCUCGAAGACGUGAGGGCGGGCGAGGGAGUCGCCGCCGUCGGUGCCGUUGGAGGGCGCGCCGGCCACGAGGGCCCAGUCGAUGACGUUGAAGGGCGUGAGGAUGGUGUAGUUGAGCAGCUUCUCGACGAUGGAGAGGGCCACGCCCGGGUGGGCGCGCCAGUAUGA